UUGACGGUGAUGAGAAGUUGCGGCAGUGGGAAAUGGACGGAAUGAAACCGGGUUUUAAUCACCGCGCAUCUGGCUCUCCGAGUGCGCGCAGUUUACGUCUGACAUGAGUUCGGACUGCGAGAGUUACUACACCGAAGAAAACGUGCUCGUGGAGAACUUCACUUGUCCGAAAGCGGACGGUGACACCACGGCACUCUACUGCUGCGGGUUCAGUGACUUGAAGUACUGCUGCGCUGACCCCAACAGCUUUUUCCCUUACGAAUAUGGAUACAUGUGGUGGCUGAGUCUCGGAGCCCUCAUGGGUCUCUCAAUAGCAGCUGUGGUUCUUCUCGCCUUCAUCAUCACUCUGUGUGUCCUCUGCUAUCUGUUCAUCACCACCAAACCCAGAGGUCUGGACAAUGGACUGCCGCUGCGAGCACCAGGUUCUACAUCUAGCCCACAAGCACCAGGGCCCAGUAACAGCAGUGUCCCACCUGGUCCCCAAGGCCUCAGGAAACAUUUCCUGAGAGGCAGGCUGGACUGUGACAACCAACCCCCGGACCCUGACCGCCUUUUCCAACGUUGUUUCUUGGCUACGGUUACGUCUGUCAAAGUGGAGGGUCCUGCUUAGCCAGAGUUAUUUCUUGGUGUUUCUUGGCCGCCUACCUGACACCACUCCACUAUAGUUUUCUGCAUUAUAACAAUCCAGGCUGAGCUGAAGUUUGAUCUCCACAUAGUUACAUUUUGUCAUGUUUGAUUCAACAGAACACAAAUGCAAACAUUUCUGUUUGAGCCCUGAGACAAAUUUUUCCUGCUUUAGAAAAAGAACAAACUGAAAAGGUUUCAGCUGAUUAAAAAUGUAGCCAAAGAUGCAAAUGUGAUUUUGAUGGCGCAACCUUUUGCAUGUAUUACUUUUAGUUUGAAGAGUCACAACUAUUAUUUGUUGCACUG